AAUUAUAACGUAUACCAUAUGGCAAGACGCAGUGAUAUUCGUUACACAACUUAUCAUUGUAAUAUUUCAUAAGAUGGUAGAUGGUCAUCGUUAAGUAUAUGACUGGGGUAUUUAUUGGGUAUUUUUUCUACCGCGAGAUACGCGCGGAAGAACGACGAUAGGCAAACGCGCCGUUGUUCUCUCGCGUCAGUUGGCUUCAUUUUUAUUCAUACGCGGUGUGCCCAUCCGUCGUGUCGGCUCGUCGACGGAACGUACGACGUGCGUAGUGCAGGCGACGACGAGAGAGAGUCGUUGGCGCAUACGCGCGGUGCGCGACGCAGCACGGGCACACGGCACAGCCGUUUAUCGCUCGACCGAUAGGUUGGCGAGUGGACCGGCAGGCGGCGCGGCGCUCGCCGGCUGCUGCGGCCCCAUUGGCCGGCGCGCGGUCACGUGGCACGACCGCGGGACGCGCCCGCAGCGCCAAGCGCAUUUGGCGGGCUCGUCGCGUUUAGACGGCGUCGUUCGUGGCUGCUCGUAAGUCUCUCGUGCUGUGCGAAGUGCCGAAUAUCUACGUCGCGCAAUGGCUGGCGGUAAGGCGGGCAAGGACUCUGGCAAGGCAAAGGCGAAGGCGGUCUCGCGUUCGGCAAGGGCCGGCCUGCAGUUCCCGGUAGGCAGAAUUCACAGGCAUUUGAAAAACAGAACCACGAGUCAUGGUCGAGUAGGCGCUACUGCGGCGGUAUACAGCGCGGCCAUUUUGGAAUACCUUACGGCCGAGGUACUGGAGUUGGCGGGAAACGCAUCGAAAGAUCUGAAAGUCAAACGUAUUACACCUAGACAUUUGCAGCUCGCAAUACGUGGUGAUGAAGAAUUAGAUAGUCUUAUCAAGGCCACUAUUGCAGGAGGAGGUGUUAUUCCACAUAUCCAUAAAUCUCUUAUUGGCAAGAAGGGUUCGCAGAAGCCAGCAUAAUUUAGCGAUAUUAAUUGACAUUGAACAUUUCAAGAUUCGUGGGCGGAGGAAAGAGUUGGUCCAGUGCUUGUUAACAAAGUGUACCUAGGUUACUAAAUCGAUGGCGACUGGCGUGAUAUAUAUAUAGAUAUAUAUAUAUAUAUAUAUAUAUAGAUAUAUAAAUAAAAAAACAGUAUAUUGAGAUAUAAUUUAAUAUAGAUAAAAAAAUGAGAGUUAAAGAAGACAAAUGUUCAUUGACAAUUGACAAACGGACAAGACAGGGAGAGAGAAAGGAUUUUUUGUGUGUUGCGAGCGAUGCGUUGUAGCAUGGCUCGAGAUGAUGGCAGUCUUUGGUACAGUUUGCAAUUUUUGAACAUUACGGAAACAUCAGAUGUGUGAAAGCCUUUAAUUACUAUGUUAAAUUAUUUACGAUUGUGAACGAAGUUCAGUGACUUUAAACCGCCAUCGUUAAUUUUUUUUUCUCAUUUUUGCCUUUGAAUUGUGUCAUGUGGCACUGAAGGCAGAUUUAAUUCUUUUGCUCUCAAAUAACGUAUCAUAAUGUUGUACAAUAUGGCUUCAGUUCAUCAUUUCGAAUUUUAUUACACUUUACAUUUAUUACACAUACGUUUAUGGUAAUGAAAUUCUAAUAUAUAGAAUAUAAUAAACAGUAAAGAUUUUCUAAUCUUUGGAUUUAUCAAAAAGAGAAGAGAAAAAAUGGCAGACAUUUUUACUUCCGAUAUACUUUCCGAUUUAAAUAACUUGGCUAAAUUCUUAAAAAUUGAUAGUUUUUUUUUUGAUUUAUUAGAUAUUAUAAAUUAUCUCUUGUUACAAAUUUAAUUUAUCAGUUUACAAGUUUCUUGCGCUUUCCUCCUGUCAGAAUCAGAAUGAUGACUCCUCUUAACGAGUUCUGAUGAUACCAACGAUUCUAGAGUUUGAAAGUUUAACUAUGUGACUCGAUUGUACAUAAAGUUUUUAUUCACAAUACAGAAAACUCUUGUAACAUAUAUAUUGAAUAUUCAGUUUUGUGAGUUUCUGAAAUUAAACAAACUUUUUAUCUCAGAAAUCGGAUUGUGAAAUGUUCAGUAAGUUCAGUUUCAUUAUUAAUUUAAAUUUUCUGUAUUUUGCAAUCUUAAUGAUAGCGAAGACUGACUUCGUUUCUUGUAAAGUAAUUUGAAAUAGAUAUAGAAACGAUUCGGGGUAGUUGCACUUCUAUAAUAACGUGCAAAUUUUUAUUUCUACUCUAAACUCUUUCUCUUUUAUUUUAAAGUUUGUCAUUUCGUUAUUUCUAUGAUUUAGCAUAAUUUUUAUUGUACCUACACAGUUUUGCACCAUAUGUAAAACGUUCUUUUUCAUAAUAAAGAUAAAUUUUAUUAAACUUUGUAUGCUAAUUAGAAAGUUUUUGAUUAGAAAGAGAUUUAUAUUUUAUUCUUUAGGAAGACGAGAAAAAUUAUAAACUAUAAAUUUUUAUUUCUAUAAAUAUAAUUACAUAUUUCAUAUAUUAUAAAAAAAUGAAUUAAGCCUUAGAUUUCAUUGAAAGAUAAAAAAUUGCAUGCUUAUUGUUGCCAUUUAUAUACUUAUUUCAAAAUAAAAAGAUAAGUCUAAGUAGACGAUUUUCCUGUAGAAUGUUUAUAUAUUUAUAAAUAAGUUUUAUAAAUAAGUUUUGAAUCUACUUGUUCGCCCAUAAUAGAUACCGCUGAAUAUUGAUAUCGAUAUACAAAUAUCGCUGUACUUAUGAUUACGUACUUGUGUUUCGAGACUUCGAGCGUAAUCGAAUUAAUCGCAAGUCGGAUAGUAAUUAUAUUUAUAUAUUUGUAUAAAUAAAAUAUUUACGCAAAA